GGAGAAGUGCGCGUCGUCAGACAGCUGGACUUGGAUGGGAGAGAUUUCGGAGAAGGUUUGGUACACAAGAGGGGGCAACUCUUGCAGCUUCUUUGGAGAACGGGUGAAGGUAUCCGCUACUAUGUUCAAGCUGGUGAACAUGAGCAGCUAAGACAAGCUGGGAGGUUUCGCACACCUUUGAACGAUGGUUGGGGGAUUGAAUUUGAUGGAGAGCAACUGCUUGUGACUGACAGCGGUCAUGAACUAAUAUUUCUUGACCCAGAGGACUUUCGGAUCAAGAAGCGCGUAAGCGUUACAGAUGAUGGGAAGCUCAUUGAAAUGAUCAACGAACUCGAGAUGAUAGGCAAUGAGUUGUGGGCCAAUGUCUAUGGUACGGAUUGCUUGGCCCGGAUUGACAAGACGUCUGGUUCAGUUACUGGCUGGCUUGUGCUGAAUGGCAUUCUGGAAAGACAAAGUGCUGCUGCAGAAGCAAAGGCUGCCGGUCGAGAGGGGCCAGAUGUGCUCAAUGGAAUUGCAUGGGACCCUGAUGGCAAACGAAUCUUUGUCACUGGAAAGCUUUGGCCUGCAAUGUUCGAGAUUCAGCUCGAACCAGCAAGAGAACUUACAUUGAAAAGGGCCAGACGGAUGUGCAUACCACGAAUCAACAUUUUCCGAGCCCGCUAAGAUAGGCGAGCUUUGAAAGAAGUGCUUGCACAGCCAGUCCAGAUUGCUGGCAAUUUGUCGAAACCACAGUUGUUCACGCAGGAUCCUGCGGAUCCUGCAGCAUUAGUAGAUUGUGACGCUGGAUCUGCUGACGAG